AUGAUUAUGCUCUUACCAUCUUUUAUCGUCGUUUAUGUCUCGGGAAAGUUACAUAUACAUGCACACUACUGUAGAUAUUCGGGUUCAUUGACGUGGAGAAGGCCGGAUCAAUCACUUUCAGACAGUUCUUGUUUGCCUCGGCUCAUGUAUCGGCAUAAACACUUUUUCAGCAAAUAUGCGAGCGAUCAUUCUCACAUUGUAACGCAGAUGGAGAUGGCUAUAUCUCCAUUCAAGUAG